UUCGUUGCAGUUUUGCGCUUCAAUGGCAGGAGCUGUUCGUGAGGGCACGAGACAAGAGGCCUGGAGUGGACAACUUUCCACGAUGGACUAGUCCCAUCCACGGCUUGUUAGCCGCCACAUUCUCUCAACGGUGUCCUUGGGUCCACAUUGCCCUCCUCUUCAACGGUUUAGAUGCAUGGCACAUCUCUGUGAAGGUCCAGCAAGCGUGAAGUGAGUGUGAGGUCUUACGUGAGCUUCUCGACCAUCCGAGCGCGAGCUGCAGAGCGGUGGUGGAAACGCUGGUCGUUGUUGGAAGGGUCGGAAGGUUUGGAGUCAUGGACAUGGCCCUGGUUGGAGUUGGAGCUGGCAGCUGCUUGCACUCCCAGCGUCCGCAAUUGCUGCUCCGUCGGUCUGCGCAUCAGCGGCAAUUGGGUAGGGCGAGACGGAUUCGAGUAGCAGUGAGAGCACGGGCUCUCUCUGACAUUGCAGAAGCUUCGCAAGUUGUUCAAUCUACGCCCGAUCUUACCUGGCAGAUUUGGGCGGGAGCUAUUGCUGGAGUGACGCCCUUCGUGGUAGCUGGAAUCGAAUUCAGCAAGCGCAUUGCCGCUCAACAGCGAUGUUCAACAUGCAAUGGAUCAGGUCUAGUGAAGAAGGGUGGGAGCUAUUUUCGAUGUGGUAAUUGUGUAUCAUAAAUACAAGUGGCGUCUUACAGCAAACGACAAAAACUGUUGGUCUUACGGGUAAUUGCCAGUUCCUGCAAUUUGAUACAUACUGUCAACGGGGGUUCACGACUGUUUUCUUCACCUGCAAAUAGAUUCUCUACUUAUCCUCGACAUUACACUGACGUAUCAACAUAAAAUCAAACAAAGAAACGACGAAGGAUCUUUGGAUUCUGCACUGAGAUAACAGAAUGCACCAAGCUGUGCAUAAAAAUUGUAGCAGCCACAAAUGUGAAUGGUAAGCUCCAAGUUUUAGGUAAAAAAAACUCCAUGGACCUGGCCGAAAUGAAUAUAGAACUCCGUUGAACUGCAAUGCACACAUCAUUGCACAACCUCAGAUUCCAACUUCGUGGCGAAAGAAGUGGCACACUUUUGGUUUGUAGCAUUCUACCAGGUCCACGAUAUUGUAGCAUAGAUCGAUAUAGUAAUAAGCAAGAAUGGAAGUUUGUGGAUCCAAGUAAGUCAUAACUGGAUGCGACAAUCGACAUUUAAUAGAUUCAAUAAAUCCAGUAUCCCUAGUACGCUGCCGCAAUCCCAAUUAAUUACA